CUGACUCUGCUUAAAACGAUGACCGAAAUGCUAGGCCUAGGAUGCUUUGUGAAACCAAAAGUUUGAAAUCUGAUUUGUUCUAUUUGACCACCGGAAGUAGCUACCAAGGAACUUAGUUCUUGAUCGACGAUGUUCACCUCAUAGUUUCCUGUUUUCGCGAUCGUAAGAUGUUUUCAAAUAGUAUGGCAGACCCAAGGAGACAAAACAAGAUUCUUAGGUACAAACCUCCAAGCACAGACACAAAUCCCACUUUGGAGGACCCCACCCCUGAUUAUAUGAAUCUGCUGGGCAUGAUCUUCAGCAUGUGUGGCCUGAUGCUGAAGUUGAAGUGGUGCGCGUGGAUUGCAGUUUACUGCUCGUUCAUCAGCUUUGCCAACAGCCGCAGCUCCGAGGACACCAAGCAAAUGAUGAGCAGCUUCAUGUUGUCCAUCUCAGCAGUAGUGAUGUCAUACCUCCAGAACCCCCAGCCAAUGUCACCACCGUGGUAGCACCCGCCAAGCCUCCAAAAGGCUCAGAGAAGGAUGAGAGCCAGACUCAGAUACUGGCAGAAUGACACACAGCUGAUCUGCCCACCCCAUCUGUUGCAUAGCAGAGCAAGGUUUCAGAAGGAGCAGCACAAUCAGUAUACAUUUAUACUUUUUGUUCUUUGUCUUAAGCAAACUGUUUCGUAUACAUUUCUUUCAGCCCUGGAAUUUGAUAUGUUAAAAUA